GUCAUUUGCUUAUUCAGUUCAGCCUUAAUUUGGCAAUCCUUCUUCUUCUGGUGGUGGUGAAUCUGGUCAUUGAUCCAGAGAGCGAGAGAGAGAGAUGAUGAUGAUGAUGAGUACGAGUAACAAUAGUAUACGUAGCAGCAGCGGCGGCAGUGAUGAGCUGGAGCUGCCGCCGGGAUUCCGAUUCCAUCCGACGGACGAGGAGCUCGUCAUCCACUAUUUAUGCCGGAAAUGCGCCGGACUGCCCUUCGCCAUCCCCAUCAUUGCCGAGAUUGAGCUCUACAAGUUUCAUCCAUGGGAGUUACCUGCUAUGGCUCUUUAUGGUGAAAAGGAGUGGUAUUUUUUCUCGCCCAGAGACCGCAAGUACCCAAACGGUUCAAGACCGAACAGGGCGGCGGGAACAGGGUACUGGAAGGCCACCGGCACUGACAAGCAAAUCGGUCGGCCGAAGCCCUCUGGGAUCAAGAAGGCACUCGUUUUCUACGCCGGAAAAGCCCCCACUGGCCGCAAGACCAAUUGGAUUAUGCACGAGUACCGCUUGGCAAACGUCGACCGAUCCGCCGCCAACGGAAAAAAAUUAAGGCUUGACGAUUGGGUGCUAUGUCGUAUAUACAACAAAAGGGGUAAUAUGGAGAAUUAUUGUGGGGUUGCUGGAGUGGAUCAGCCAAAGCUUGGGGCAAUGCCGCCGGCGGUGAAGGAUUUGGCGCAUCAUUCUGAGUUGACCUCGGUGGCGGACUCACAUUCGAGUGGCUCCGACGUCGGCGAGUCUAAUCCUGUGCCGGAGAAAGAGGUUCAGAGCGGGCUAUGGAUGUGGAACGUUGAUGACUUGGAGAAAGCCCUCAAUUUUCAGUGUUAUUACACGGAUACCACCUUUCGCCAAGACUUUCCUGUUGCAUCUCAUCAGGUUCAGGCUCAGGCUCAGGCUCAGGCUCAGGCUCAGCCUUCCCCAUUGCAUGACAUAUUCAUGUACAAGCCGCCCAAGCCACUCUUAUAGCUAGCCAGCCCAUGGUUUCAAAAAAAAAAAACAAAAACAAAGAGCCGUAGAUACGAUACAUCGAUCGAUCAUCAUAUAUAGAGUAGACAUUCCAUUAUUCGAUGUGUUUUUUUCUUCCUUAUUUGUCAUUAGGUUGGUUAAGUUGUCGUAAGACACAUGCAUGCAUUAGUGCUUGGAGCCCAUUCUUGUAAUUUUCUUUGUUGGAAUGUAUAAUGUACAUAAUGAUAGAAAUUUCAUUUUUCAAA